UUUAUUUUCUAAUCCUGAAAGAGUUACUAAUUCCUUUGCCUACUUAGUAGUAGAUUCUAAUCACCAUUCUUCUUUUGAAUGACUCUUGCUUUCUAGAGAAUUAUUUUGCUAUUACUUAGCAUUCCUAUGGUAUAUUAGUUGUUAUGAUAAAGUUUCAAUUAUUCUUUAUUGACUAAUCAUUCUCUACUGUGAUUUUUUUUGCUGAAUUCACAUCUCAGGGUCAUGUGAAAAUUGUCAGGAGAUCUUUUUUCAUUCUAUAAAAUGUGCUAAGCAUUUGUUUCAAAACAUAGAACUAAUAAAUUGAAUGAAAUCCAUCUGACAGUAAAACAUUUUAUCUGUCACAUAUCUCAAGUUUUUGGGUUUCAGGUGACAGCCAUUAUAACUAAUUGUACAACUACUCCACAGAAAAACAAACAUGAACUGCUAUUAGAAAUAUAAUUUCUUUUUAGUUCAGCUGGUUAUUUCAAGGCAUUUUAUCUCCUGCAUAAAUUUCUUCAUUUUAUUAACCUAACUGAAUUGUGUAUAUAAGGAAGCAAAGAACAAAUCACUUUUACCACAGAAGCUUUUAGUAGGACAAAAUAUAAUUUAAAAAAUACUUUUUGUCUACUUUGUGCAAGGUACUGUGUAUAAUAUGAUCUUGGCAGGGUUUGCAUCCUGAAAAAGAAUACAUUACUAAUAUUUAGUAGAAAUUUCCUGGAACAAAAUAAGCCAUUGGUUAUCUCUUUGCCCAAAUACUCCCAAUUGGUUUUUAAAAGUUCAAAAAUCCUUUGACUAGGUGUAUAUUUAGGAUAUACAGCUCUAUUUAUUUUCCCUUUAAUCCUUUUUUAAAAAAAAAUUCUCUUUAUUAUUAUAGCUUUUUAUUUACAAAACAUGCAUGGUGGAUACUUUUUCAACAUUGACCCUUGCAAAACCAUCUGUUUCAACUUUUCCCCUCCUUCUCCCCACCCCUUCCCCUAGAUGACAGAUUGUCCAAUACAUGUUAAAUAUGUUAAAGUAUAUGUUAAAUCCAAUAUAUGUAUACAUAUUUAUACAGUUAUCUUGCUGCACAAGAAAAAUCAGAUCUAGAAAGAAAGAAAAAAAAACAACAUACAGGUCUAUUUUAAAAGCCAAGCAACAUGCGUGGAAGUCUUUAGCAACUUAAAAAUAAUUGGUGGUUUCAAUGUCAAUGAACAAUUCAGACAGUCAGUAAACAUUUGAUAAGCUCCUGCUAUAUGUCAUCUAAUUUCAGCAUUAAUAAAAGCAUUAUUAACACUAAAUGUUCCAAAGAAGUAACUUUUUGGGUGUGGUGAUAACUUAGUAUCUUUGUCGGUACUCUAAGAUAGGUAAUGAAUUGGGACAGACCUAAUAUCGCUAAGAGGUAAUUGAAAGACUGUCACUUGCAUGUGACUACCUACUUUGCAAUAAUGAUAAAAAGUAUAAGAGACCUUGGAAAAUUUUCAUUUUUAAUAUCUAAGAAAAAUUAUAGAAUACUGGGCAAAAUAAAAAACAAAAAAACUUUCUAACAUGCCAUCAAAAAAAAAAAAAAAAACAAUCAUGGCCCAGAUAUGAAAAGAUCUGAAAUAUUCUUCUAGAAUGUUGAUGAUGAUCUAAUGAGUCAGCCUUUUUACUAGCAGUGCUUCCUGUUUGCUCAAUAAUUUUUCUUAUCUUCUUUUGAUCUAGAAUACUGUCAUGUUGCAUAUCACCUUCCUUUUUUCCCCAAGAUUUAUAAUUUAAAUGACUAGGAUGGUAAGCAAUAAAAAAAAUUAAGGUUACAGAUUUCAUUUUAGAGUUUUCUGAGCAGGAAAUUAUUACCUACAAGAAGAGAUGGUAAUGGGUGGAGCUAGAGAAGUGCAGCCUGUUCUACAAGUCUGAGCUUUGGCAGGGGCGUUCCUUUGGUAUUGCAAAGAACUGUGUGUGUAUGUGUGUAUGUGUAUGUGUGUGGCUGAGCGAGACCGAGUCUGUGCUGGCAACUGUACUGGUAAGCCAACCUCAGCACUGAUUGCUCAUCAGGGAACAAAAGAAAGGCCAUGGGAACUCUUAACUGAGAAGGGCAGUGCCUGAAAACUGAGUUUGAGCCAAGGAGUUCUGUGGAGAGUUGACCUGGACACAUCCUGUGGCAGAAAUGCCUCUGUAGAUCCUUUUAGUUCUUCAAGGUUACAGUGGAAUGUACUCUAAAUUGAUUGCUGGAUUAAUAUUACAGUCUUGAUUCUAAAACCUGGACCUGGACGAAAGUAUCCAAAAAACACGGCAAGCUUAUUACCUUCUUACGAACAUUCAUGAAGUCUCGUCCAACAAAACAGAAACUGAAGCAGCGGGGAAUUCUGAAAGAAAGGGUAUUUGGUUGUGACCUGGGGGAACAUCUUCUGAAUUCUGGUUUUGAAGUGCCCCAGGUUCUUCAGAGCUGUACUGCAUUCAUUGAGAGAUAUGGUAUUGUGGAUGGAAUAUAUCGUCUUUCUGGCGUUGCCUCUAAUAUCCAGAGAUUACGGCAUGAAUUUGACUCUGAACAUAUUCCCGACCUGACAAAAGAACCUUAUGUUCAAGAUAUACAUUCAGUUGGUUCCCUUUGUAAGCUGUAUUUUCGAGAACUCCCAAACCCUCUGCUUACUUACCAACUGUAUGAAAAAUUCUCAGAUGCAGUUUCUGCAGCAACAGAUGAAGAACGACUCAUAAAAAUUCAUGAUGUCAUCCAACAACUCCCCCCUCCACAUUACAGAACACUGGAGUUCUUAAUGAGACACUUGUCCCUUCUAGCUGACUAUUGUUCCAUCACAAAUAUGCACGCCAAGAACCUAGCAAUUGUUUGGGCUCCAAAUCUUCUAAGAUCAAAACAGAUAGAAUCUGCCUGCUUCAGUGGAACAGCUGCCUUCAUGGAAGUGAGAAUUCAGUCAGUAGUAGUUGAAUUCAUUCUUAAUCAUGUGGAUGUUCUCUUCAGCUGCAAAAUUAGUGCAGUCAUUCAGGAUGGGGCAGCUUCUCUUUCGAGGCCCAAGUCCCUGUUGGUGUCUUCUCCAUCCACCAAACUGCUAACAUUGGAGGAAGCCCAGGCACGAACACAAGCUCAGGUCAAUUCUCCAACUGUGCCUGACAAUAAAUAUAUUGAAGUGGGAGAAGGGCCUGCUGCACUUCAAGGAAAAUUCCACACUAUAAUUGAAUUUCCUCUUGAAAGAAAAAGACCCCCAAAUAAAAUGAAGAAAUCUCCUGUGGGCAGUUGGCGUUCCUUUUUCAAUUUAGGGAAAUCAUCAUCUGUUUCUAAACGGAAACUUCAGCGUAAUGAGAGUGAGCCUUCAGAGAUGAAAGCAAUGGCUCUGAAAGGGAGCAGGACAGAAGGAACUCUUCGUUCAGCUAAAAGUGAAGAGUCUCUUACUUCUCUUCAUGCAGUUGAUGGUGAUUCAAAACUUUUCCGACCCAGGAGACCGCGGUCUAGCAGUGAUGCAUUAUCUGCCUCUUUUAAUGGAGAAAUGCUGGGAAACCGAUGUAAUUCCUAUGAUAAUCUACCCCAUGACAAUGAAAGUGAAGAGGAAGAAGGACUCUUACAUAUUCCAGCCCUCAUGUCUCCUCAUUUGACUGAGGAUGUUGACUUAAGCCCACCAGACAUUGGAGUAGCCAGCCUGGAUUUUGAUCCCAUGUCAUUUCAGUGUAGUCCUCCCAAGGCUGAAUCAGAGUGCUUGGAAAGUACUGCCUCCAUCUUAGAUUCCAUGGGAUUUUCCAAGGACAAGCCAAGCACAAGUAAAAAGGAAGGAGAGGCAGGAAGUCAGUCUCAUACUCCUGGCAGUACUACCAGCUCUGAACCUGUCUCUCCACUUCAGGAGAAAUUAAGUCCAUUCUUUACCCUGGACUUAAGCCCAACUGAAGACAAAGCAUCCAAGCCAUCCUCAUUCACAGAGAAGGUUGUUUAUGCUUUUUCUCCAAAAAUAGGACGGAAAUUAAGUAAAUCACCCUCUAUCAACAUAUCAGAGCCAAUCUCUGUGACUGUUCCUAGUCGAGUGUCUGAAGUCAUUGGCACAGUUCCAAACUCAGCAUCACAGAAUGUAUCUUCCCCAACCUGGAGUAAGGGCUUUGAAAGUGACAUCAUUAAUAGGUCCCCCACUCAGGUAACAAUGAUGAAAACAAAUGAGACAGAUUCCCGAGAAGUAUGCCAGCCUGAAGUCCACCCCUUGGACCAGGCAGCUGCUGAGGCAGUAGAAUUGCCUGGGAAAGUGGAACAGGUCAUCUCCAGCGGCCAAAAUAAGGCUGUACCUUCUGGACAGGCUCAGACAGGAGCAGUUGCCCAUGACUCCCCUCAGGAUCUCGUUCCUGUCAGUUCAGUGUCUCUUAUCCCACCACCACCACCUCCAAAAAAUGCCGCACGUAUGUUGGCCUUAGCAUUGGCCGAGUCUGCCCAGCAAGCUUCAACUCAGUCAUUGAAGAAACCAGGGAAUUCACAUGCUGCUUGUUCAAAUUAUGAAGACACUACAGCAGCAAUACCAGAAGAUAAACAAUCCAGUUCUUUUAGUAGUUUUCCUUUAGAUAAGACCUGUUUCCAUUCUAGUAUGCCAUCAGAACAGCUCCACCUCCAAAACACUCCAUCUGGAAACCAUGAUCAGCUUAAGCUGGGUAUAGCAGUGACUGAGGAUCACGCCAAGUCAGUUCCAGUUGAAUCUGAGGAGCAGCCAUACCACUCAGUUGCUUCACCAGUGAAUCAGGCCCACACAACCUGUUUUUCUGGAGACCCAGAAAAGGUUGAAAUUCCCAUGGCAACAUUAGAUGAUUCUGACAAGACUGAUAGUCUUGUUCAUUUGCAUGAAAAUCCAGGGAAGACCAAUAUUCGAACUGUUUCUUUUGGGAACCAAGAUGAACCUCAUAUCCACUUUUCCAGUGAAGACCUUCUUUCUCCUUUGGAUACAUCCACAGAUAAAUCACAAUUUUCCUCAGAACCUGAAGAAAAGGUAACCCCAACUGUCGGUUUGCCUGUGGACAAAAUCCACCCUCCUCCUGGGGACCCUGUAGACAAAGCCACUUCUGCUCCAACAGCUUACAUGCAUACUCCAGCACCAAGUGAAACAAAUACCAGGGAAACUAACUGGGAUAUGGUUGGACAGCCUCUGUCUUCUGCUGACCUUGUCACUACCCUUCAGCGUUCACAUAGAGCUAACCGUCCUCCUCUAUCCCAUUCUUCUCAGAGACCAGCAGAGCAGCAGCUCUUAGUGGGACAGGUACCAGCAGCAACUGGUGUAGGACUAAAUAAUUCCCACAAGGUGCGUGGAGUGGCUUCAGCUCCAGAGAAGCCACCUGAGCCCAGAGGAGCAGAACCAUCCUCCAUCUUUACCUGUGAUGGUAGCGGUAGUACUACCACUCGAUGUGCCACCUAUGCUUCUGCCGUCCCCCCAAGCAUUCCUGAGAAGGUCUGGGAGGGGACAAGAGCCCCCCCUCUCCACCUGCGUUCUGAGUCUGUUCCUGUGCAUGCCUCCCAAGGCUUCACCCUGCCAAUCCCACCCACGAGGACGAUGGAUAGUAAGAUUGCUGCGGCCAUACACUCUGGUAAUCCAGAUGCAGCCAGUGCUUCCAAUUACCAUGCCUUCAUUGUCGCUUCAUCAGCUUCCAUGGAUGAUGCCCUGCCUCCCCCGCCCCCUGUCCCUCAGCCGAAGCACGCCUCUCAGAAAACAACUUACCCCUCUUACAUAAGGCCCGAUGUCACAGCUGACUCCCACGGGGCAGAAAACUGUCUGCACCUUGGCUUGACUUCAGCCUGUCAGUACCGUCCGCAGAGUAUCCCCUUGCACCACCAUAAACCCGAGCAGCACCAUGUCUAUGGUUCCAGAUCAGAGACACCAAGUUGCAUGGGUCCCCGUUAUAACACAUAUAUACCCCCUGGGAAAAACUCAUCCGGGUACCACUCCAAGCCAUGCAGCCGGGUCGAGUAUGUGUCCUCGGUAAGCCCGUCCCUUCGGAGUGCUUGUUAUCCUGAAGACAUUCCUCCGUACCCCACUAUCCGCAGAGUACAGUCCUUACAUGCCCCUCCAUCUUCUAUGAUCCGUUCUGUCCCCAUUUCUCGGACAGAAGUACCCCCAGAUGAUGAGCCAUCCUAUUGCCCGAGACCCCUUUACCAGUAUAAGCCAUAUCAGUCCUCCCAGGCCCGUUCAGAUUACCACGUAACUCAGCUACAGCCUUACUUUGAGAAUGGCAGAGUUCACUACCGGUACAGCCCUUACUCCAGUUCUUCUGGUCCCUAUUAUAGUUCCGACGGGCCCUUCUAUGAUGUGGAUGCUUAUAGCACGGUACAGUUGAGGCCGCUGCAUCGCAUGCCCAACCGUGAUUUCAAUUUCUACAAUCCCAGGCUUCAGGGAAAGAGCUUGUACCGUUACCCUGGUUUGCCCCCUCGUCCCCAAGGCAACAUUGUUGGCUACCUUUCUGGGAAUGAACACAAUCUUAUCAAUGUGACUUCAGCAGCUGAUGUGAAACAUAUGUAUACUUCAUGGGACCUGGAAGACAUGGAAAAAUACCGCAUGCAGUCCAUCCGACGGGAAAGCCGAGCACGGCAAAAGGUUAAAGGGCCGGUUAUGUCCCAGUAUGACAACAUGACCCCUGCUGUGCAGGAUGACAUGGGUGGGAUUUAUGUUAUCCAUCUACGGAGUAAAUCAGAUCCUGGGAAAACUGGACUUCUUUCGGUGGCAGAAGGGAAAGAAGGGAGAUAUCCCACCAAGGCAGUUACCCCAGAGGGAGAUGAACGCUUCUAUAAAAAGCAUCCUGAGCCAGAGUUAGACAGAGCCCAUUACCAUGGUGGCUAUGGCAAUGGGCAGUCAGAGAAGCCGUCUCUCCCUCUGAAGCAAAGUAGCCUCAGGAACAGAAAAAUCCAUGACAUGAGCUCCAAUGCUUCUGAACACAGGGCACACCAGGAAGUAAGCCAUAGGCAGUUAUGUGAAUCAAAAAAUGGGCCUCCUUAUCCCCCAGGAACUGGUCAGUUAGAUUAUGGGACCAAAGGCAUCCCAGACGCUUCUGAACCAGUUAGCUAUCAUCUUGCUGGAGGAAAAUAUAGUACAGUAGGCCAGGAGACUUUGAGAUUGAACCACAAGGAUGUGAGGGCUUCUGAAGAUCUAGAGCGGCCGCGUAUGCGGCAGCCUCCUGCCUCAGAGAAACUCUCAAGAGACUGCUAUAAGGAAGAAGAACAUCCUGUGCAGUCUGCUCCCCCACCUAAGCCAGAGCGAAGUCACAGUCUGAAACUCCAUCAUACACAAAGUAUGGAGAGGGACCCCAGUCUCCUGUACCAGUACCAAACCCAUGGCAAGCGCCAAAGUAAUAUGACUGUAUUAUCUCAGUAUGAGAAUUUGGAUGAUUAUCACCCCAUGUCUCAGCAUCAGCGGGGAGGUUUUGGAGGAGGAGGAGGAGGAGGAGGAGGAAUGGGUACAUUCAUAGCUCCUGGUUUUCCCCAUCCACAAAAUAGGACAUAUGCCACAGCUCUGGGUCAAGGGGCUUUCAUUUCCACAGAGUUGUCCUUGCAGAAUCCUGAAACACAGAUCCAUGCAGAAUGAGCCCUGAGAACAAUAGAGUUAAAGCAGCCUCUGCUGGACAGUGGACUGUUUUAUUUUUUCAACGACCAAAAAGAUUAAAAAAUACACAAAAAAUUAAAAAAAAAAAACCAACCAAAAUAUCCCAAUAAGAAAAGGAAACAAACUAUCAUCUUUUCUCCUUCCUAUCACCAUAUCCCUCAUCCACAGACUCUGUUGUGUGUGUUAUUUAAAGGAGGACCUGAAUGUUUGUGGAGAGCUUCAUUUUGAAUAUAUGGCAAAGAAUUUAGUCACAGACCAAAUUCACCAGAGAAGGCAAAUUAGAAUGAGAUUGGGGGCUGCUGCUGCUUUUUAAAUAAAAUUAACAUUGUCAUUUUUUUUCUUGGUACUUGAUAUGCAUAGUAUUGGAAAAUCUGCAUUAAUUGCUGGUAGGAUUUAACUUCUACUUUUGGUUUCCUAUUUAACUUUUCCCCAGUAAAUACUGUGACAUUCCCAGAAUAUUGGGUCAUUUUCACCUAAUCACCCCUCUCUUCUAGGAGACAAGUAUACUAAAUUAAAGUCAGAAAGUUAUUAAUAUUAAUUAGGAAACAGUUAAUAUUAAAUAAAUUUAAACAUUUAAGAAAUUAUUUGUUCCCUCAGCCUGAGAACGUUUUAAAAAAUAUUCUCAGUGCCCUGUGAAAACUAUUUUUUCACAGUUCUGUUAAUUACCUUCAUAAAUGCAUAAAGGAUUUUUCAUUAAAAUAACAAUAAAGCUUCUAAAUGAAAGAAGGAAAAAUCCUCUUUGUUUUUGUGGCUUAGCCUCAGAAACUGUCAAUUCUUUUAAUGUGCUUACUAUCAUUGAGUUUUUAUUAAAAAAUCUUGAUAAAUUGUAAUUUCUAGUAAAAACAUUUCAUAACACUGUCAUGGAAAAUACAGCAGCAUGGUUUGGCUGGAUAAACACAGAGAACAUACCCUAAUUUACAAAUUUAUUUUGUGUUAAUUUUUGUUUCUAAACCAGAGUGCAGGUUACCUGGAGAUUCUUAAUGUAGGUACCAAUUAUUUAUGGGAACAUGUAAGCUAUUAUAAUAACUGCUUAGUACAUUGUACCAUAUCAUCCUCCUGUGGAACUCUGUGUAGGUACCAUGUAAGUACUGAGUAAAUACAUGUUCUUAGUUCACUGUGUUUUUAGUGGGAUCACUGUUUUAUUGUAAUUGUCAUUCACACCAGCAUUUCAGGUACAUCACUUUGUAACUCUGUAGAAACGUUCUGUAUAAUUAGUCCCCAAGACUUUGUUUUUAAUAACUCACAGGAAUUCCUUAUGACAAUAGGAAUAAGACAGAUCUUUCCAGCCAAAUAGUUUUCUUUUUGUAUAUUUCCUCUCUUCACAGCUCUACCAGGGUAGUGGUACAGUUGUUUAUUUCUAAAAGAACAUAUUUUGACAUUUCAUCAUACAAGAUUACUAAUGCUUACGUUUUAGGCAUUAACAUCUUUUAAAUGGUCAAUUUGGUGAAAACAGUUGGAGAAUCUAAAUUUAGUCGAUGAAAAUUUCUCUGACUUUUUAAAAAAAUAAACUCAGAGUGAGUUUCAUUCAGUGAAAAAAGAAAAAGCAAAUGAAGUGUUCAUGAGGCUAAAAUCAUGCUGCUAUCAUUGCUGUGAAAUCACAGAUACAAGGGCUCACAUCAUUUCAUCUUUGACCAGAACAUCAUAUCAUUGCAAUUUUCAAUGAUUAAGUAACAAAAGAUUUAACUAUCAUGUCAUAAAAGAAUCAUCCUUUUUUGUCUGUUUAUUUGCUUUUUUGGGGGGGGGGAGAGUAACCAUCUCCAAAGUUUUUUUUUUUGAUCUCCCAGCUUUGGUCAUAGCUACUUUAACAGCAGUGGUCUAAAUACUCAUUUAGGGGUGUGUCUACAGUAGAAAUUGGGAAGCAACUGAUUUUUUUUUUUUUUGCAUGUGAUUGGCCUGUGGAAGUUCAUGUAGUUUUACCAAAUGCACAGAUCCAACUUGUUUAGAAAAAAUCUUUAUCUUUCUGAUAAUCAAUAAGCAUUUAUUAAGCACCAGCAAUGUCCCAGGCACCUAUAGGUACUAGGAUAUACAUUCAAGACUGAAACAAUCUUUACUCUCAAAGUAUAUUCUAACAAUAAGGAGCUUCAUAGAAUACUCCUACAUAAUUUAAAGUGAUUGACAUGUCUACCAGUCAUCUAAAUUUCAAUUUCCAACACUUAAGAUUUCUUAAUCCUAGUUGGCCCUUGAUUAGUUGACCCAUUGGCAAUACAAAACUGAUACUUCAUCAAUAGCUUGAUGAUUGGAGGAAAGGGAAGAGGAGAUAAAGGGGAAUAGUAUAAAAUAGGUUUGCAUGAUUAGUAGUAAUUGUAUGCCCUGGAGGAAAUGAUUGAAGAAAAGCCUGUUUAAUCAGUCUAUUUUUUAUAUAUGUAUAUUUUCCAUCUCUGAAUCAUAAAACUGAGAAAAACAAAGUGCUAAAAAGUUUUUCCUUGGAAAAAUUCCUAACAGAGGCCCACAGGUAAAUAGUUUGACAUAGGUAAUGACUCAAAGGAUCAUUAAAUUUAUGAAAACUGAACUCUGGACAGAAUCUACAGUUGUUUUCUCUAAUGCAGACACAGCCUUAAUUAUGUUUUCAAUUAUUUGAAGAGCUUUGCAUGGUCUCUUUCUUGCUAAUACUAUGGGGUAGAAAUUGGAUGGCAAAUCACUGUGAGCCAAGUUACCUCAGCAUAAGUCACUGUGGAUGUGACUUCACAAACCUAGGAAAGGCAUUGAAGUUAAUUUUUUUUGACAUGGGGCAUCAUCAUCAACAAAAAUGGAGCUGCCUUAUGCAUUAAACCUAUCAUCUAGUUCUUUAAUUCUUUUAGUAGCGAAAUCACUAGCAUUUUGUUCUUUUGGCUAAAUUUAUGGUCGUCUCCAUUUGAUUUGGCUAAGAAAUUUUCUCAGAAUGUCCAACUGCAGAAUUUUCAAAAUAGUCUCAAAGGUGCCAUUUAGUUUUUAGUUCCUCUCAUCUGAGCCUAAUUUUAUCAUGUGUUUGGUUUCUUCUAACACAUGCAAGUUCUCUGCAAUUGUCCUGAGAAUGCUUCAUGCAUCUCUUCCCUUAUCCCUUUAUAUUUACCAUAAAGCAAAGUGUUUUGUGGGGAAAAAAAAAGUCGGGUCAGGUUGGAAAUACUCAGAUAAUAGAAAAUGUGCUUCUUUGAAGAGGGAACAUUUGUAAGACUUGAAAGAAUGAGGAAGAAAGAGCAAAAUAUUUCAUCUUCCGGGGGGCAGUAGGGUACAGUUUUACCAGCUUAAAAUGCAUUGUUCCCCUUUGAUUACAGAAGGAACAAGCAGAUCCACUAUUUGAAUCAUUCUGUAUCCUCACCCAUAUCUAUUGCUCAUCCCAUUAGUAUGUUGGCAAAGCAUUGUCUCAGAAACAUGUGUAAUGAAUGAUAGUGAAAGUAAAAGAAUAUUUGAAGGUUGUUUUCAGAAAGAAUAGAGGCAUGUGAUUUUUCAGUCCCGAGUGCUACAGGAGUGUCAGGUAUGAUAAAUUUUAACUGUGUGCAUGAAAAUGCCAGUGCAUAAGGUGGGCAAGGGAAGGGAAAAAGCCUCCCAUCCCCCCAAUAGGUGGUUUGUAUUUUUAUGGUCAAAGAAUGAGAUAAGGUUGUUUUGCAGUUUAUGUUAAAUGCAGUAGAAAACUUGGUUCUUCAACCAUGACCCGCAUGAUAAAAGUGUCCUAGAAAGUUUUGAAUCACAUUUCUGAGUUCUUUUAACUUUAAUUUAUAUAAUGUCUUAUUUUUAUGUUUUAAUAUUUUCGUGAACUGGUGUAAAAUAUAUAUGCUGAGAAGCUUAUGUAUUUUUUUGUAAAUAAUUUUGUGGCUUAUUCUUUGCCCCAUAUGUAAAUAUUUAGAUUACCACUUUCUUCCAACCUUGUAUAAGGCUGAUGUGGGGUUCUGGUUUUGGUUUGGGGGAGGGGUUUUGUACUGUAAAGGGAAAAUCCCGAUUGCAAUGUCUUGUCGUUUAAAUCAAAUGUCCCACUGAGGUCAAUUCAAAUAUACAAGUCAACAGAAAUAAUUCAGGUUAAAACAGA